AUGCCGGUCAUAACGCGGGCCAGUCGGCCGAACGAGGAGCUGCUGAAGGCGACACGGGGAGCCACCGUAACGUACGCGAGCGGUCCAACGACGACAAGCGGCAGCAUCGUCACGACGACAAUGGUCAAACCGACGCUACAUCAAUCUCGAACGCGCUUCCUUCCGAUCGAGUUCGAUCGCAAUGGCCGCGGUUUUCCGAAGCCUGAUCCACAGCGACCGGCAUACGUCCAGGACUACUACAAACUGCGUACCGACUGUCUGCGGACAGCCACACUGUUCGAAGAUCCCGAAUUCCCUGCCGACGACUCCUCGCUACACUAUUCGUCCCUUUCCGGCCGUCCGUCCCAGUACAAGUGGUUGAGACCGCACGAACUCAGCCCGGACGCGGUGUUCGAUGCCGAUGGGUUCUCCCGAUUUGACAUCCAACAGGGACUGUUGGGCGAUUGCUGGUUACUGGCGGCAGCGGCAAAUCUUACCACCUUCCCGGUGCUCUUUAGCCGUGUCGUGCCGGACGACAAUGAUCGCAUACAGGGCGGCCGAAAGGGAGUGGACUAUGCCGGUAUCUUUCACUUUCGGUUUUGGCGUUUCGGUCAAUGGUACGAUGUGGUAGUUGAUGAUCGGCUCCCGACACUGCGCGGUCAGCUGGUGUACAUCAAGUCAUCCACGAAGAAUGAGUUCUGGAGUGCCUUGCUGGAGAAAGCGUAUGCGAAGUUGUUCGGUUCGUAUGAGGCACUCUCGGGUGGAUCCGCUAGCGAGGCGAUGGAAGACUUUACCGGUGGGCUAACGGAGGGUUACGAGAUGAAGGACGCUCCGAACACACUGUUCGAGAUGAUCGAGAAAGGAUGCAAUAACUACGCAAUGUUUGCGUGCAGCUUGGAGGCUGGCGCAGGCGAGAUGGAACAGGUGACACCGCAGGGUCUGGUGAAGGGACACGCGUACUCCAUCACCAAGGCCCAAGCCGUCGACAUCGAGACACCCAGAGUGAAGGGCAAGAUUCAGCUGCUUCGUUUGCGCAAUCCGUGGGGUAACGAGAACGAAUGGAACGGUGCGUGGAGUGACAAGUCGCCGGAGUGGCGUUUCAUCACCGAGGACACGAAGCGCUCCAUCGGGCUAACGUUCGAAGUGGACGGGGAAUUCUGGAUGUCCUUUCCGGAUUUUCGCAAAUACUUUGACCGCAUCGAAAUGUGUCACCUCAGCCCAGACUGUCCCAUCGCACUGCAGGAGAGCCGCUUCGCGUGGCGUCAGUCCGCGUUCGAGGGCGAAUGGGUGUUGGGUAGUACGGCUGGAGGAUGCCGCAACUAUCCGGACACCUUCUGGCAUAACCCGCAGUAUGUGGUCCGGCUGGACGAUCCCGACGUGAAUGACGAUGAGAACCUGUGCACCAUGAUCGUGUCACUGAUCCAGAAGAAUCGAAGAUCCAAGCGUAACAAGGGCAUCACCUGUCUGACGAUCGGCUUUUCUAUCUACCGUGUGGAGCCGAGUGAUCUGCAGCGCAAACCACUGCCCCGUGAGUUCUUCACAUCGCACCUGUCGGUGGCCAAAUCGACGUUCAUCAAUCUGCGUGAGGUGACGUGCCGGUUUAGACUACCGCCCGGCGCGUACGUCAUCAUACCGUCAACGUUCGAUCCGAACGAGGAAGGCGAGUUCAUGAUCCGGGUGUUCUCCGAGUGUCCCAGCAAUAUGCAGGAGAAUGACAGCGCAAUUGGAAUUGGUACACCGGCGGAUACACCAACUAAACCAUCCGUCGGAGUUGGAUCGCCUACGAAACCGUCGCUAAGAGAGACGGAUCCAGGGGUAACCGAUGCCCAGAGAGCUACCAUGGAGCGGCUAUUCAUAGAGGUGGCCGGAGCGGACGGUGAGGUGGACUGGAUGGAACUGAAGCUGGUACUGGAUCGUUGCUUCCGUGAGGAUAUUGCCAAGGCUUCGCGCGGUAUCUCCCAAACGUACCAAACCCGUGCCACACCGCUGGAGAAGCGAUCCGUCCCGGCAACAGCCACCGUACCUGGGACAGUGCUGGAAAACGGUAUCUGCGGUGUGUGGACCAUGUUGCAGCAGCUGUUCCGCGAUGUUGCCGGUGGAGAUAACAGUCCGGUACGGCAAGCGAAUGGAACGGCAGCCAACAGCGGUGAGCAGACGGAGCUUAUUCAGAGUGAGAAUGUCUCCCAAGUGCGUGCGGAUCCAACUAAUCCGGGCUUUUCGAAGGAUGCGUGUCGCUCAAUGGUUGCCAUGCUGGAUGAGGACGGUUCGGGGAAGCUCGGUUUGAUGGAGUUCCAGAAGUUGCUCGCCGAUAUCGCACGCUGGAAGGGUGUGUUUAAACAGCACGACAGUGACCAGAGCGGGCGGAUCAGUCCGUUCGAGUUGCGGGCUGCCCUGCAGUCGGCCGGUUACACACUGAACAAUCACAUCAUCAACAUGCUGAUGCACCGGUACGGUUCGAAGGAGGGCGAAAUAUGGUUCGACGAUUUUAUCACCUGCGCUGUAAAGAUCCGUACCAUGUUUGAUAUCUUCAAAGCACGCGACCAUAGCAAUCGAAACGAAGCACGGUUUACACUGGAAGAAUGGAUCACGAAGACAAUCUACUCGUAA